GAGUUUCAAGUCCAGUUCAUCACAGUCAGCCACAGGCCCUAAUUGGUCUGCGACCUUGAUUCCCCUUUUACUCUCACUGUUCUUCUGCGACAUUGUCCUGAGUUGACUCAGAUCAGAUGAAUCGUUCCAGCCUUGGAUGUCCUUGAGAAUUGAUUCAUUGGGAGGAGUGGACUAACUGUAUAUAAAAUAGUAUAUUGGAAGAUGGCAAUGGCUGUGGUUCAGCCAACCCAAGGUAUGAAUGUUGAUUAUGGGGACCCGACAAAAACAACUGAAAAAAGCACUGUGACUCAAGCUUCACCAGACCUUGUGGUUCAGCAUACUCAAGGUAUGAAUGUUGAUAAUGGGGACCCGACAAAAACAACUGAUAAAAGCACCAUGACUCAAGCUUCACCAGACCUUGUGGUUCAGCAUACACAAAGUAUGAACGUUGAUUAUGGGGACCAGACACAAACAACUGAUAAAAGCACCGUGACUCAAGCUUCACCAGACCUUGUGGUUCAGCAUAAACAAGGUAUGAAUGUUGAUUAUGGGGACCAGACAAAAACAACUGAUAAAAGCACCGUGACGCAAGCUUCACAGAAAAUCAGAGGAUCAGGCUUUGAUUCGAGAGAUCGGAAAAAAAGUAAGUAUCUAUCUUACCCCUACACAACCGGUGGACCUAGACAUAAAGAUUUGCCAGCCCAAUCAGAAGAGGUGAAGACUCCUAGUCUUGCUAAAAAAACAGAGCUGCCAAGCAGAGCUACUAACCCUUCAAAUGGAUCUGCUUCAUGUGCUAAAUUGGGUAGCAAGAGGUUCAGAACGAACUGGCACAGAAAAUUCAUCAGCCGUAGUAGAAUGUCCAGCAGUCCAGAAUUCAUAAAUGCGUCUCCGAAAGAAUUACUCUCAGAACUUCAUUCUAAAGCUGUUGACUGUAUGUUUCCAACUGAGAAUAAAAGCUUUGAAUUGGUUGAGUGGUUCUUUAGCAGAUAUAGAAUAUCAACUUAUCAUGAUGAAGCUGAACUUGCCACUUCCCUGGUUGAUGAGAAAGGAGGAAAAACAGGGAAACGUGUGGGCAGUAAUUUAUUGGAUAUCAAAAGUGGGAAGAGAAAGAAUAAUAAAAUGGAAAGUUCAGUAAAGCGUAAGACAAAGUCUCUUUAUGGCCUAUCAAAUAUGAACAUAAAUACUUCUACAGGUGACAGUCUGAGGCUUGAGAUAAAUUUAAAUGAGGGCAGCAGCAAAGGCAGCUCAGUUACUGAAGCUCCCCAAAAUCUGAGUUGCCGUACUUCCAAAGGAAAGGUUGGACCUAAAAAGAGACGGAAGAUAGAAGCUCCACAAGAUCCUCAGAUUGCUUCAGUGUAUACAGAUGUGAAAGGCACCAAAUGCAGUUCACUGGUAAUAGAUCUGCGGCUAUCCCCACACAGACCUGGUGUUACACUUGAGAAAUGUUUUGCUGGAACUACUGCUAAUCAUAGCUUGCUAGUGAGUACUGCAUCAGAGGCUGGUACUGUCUCCCAGGAAGUACCCAUUGGAAAUGUUGCUAAGCAUAAUUUCUUCGAAAACCCUGCAUCAGAGGGUGGUACUAUCUCCCAGCAAGGACUUGUUGGAAAUAUUAGUAAGCAUAGAUUAUUCGUGAGUACCACAUCAGAGGUUGGCACUGUCUCAGUAAAUAAAACAGAGCUGAAAAGUACAGUGGAGAAACAAGCUGAAGAGCAUCACCAUACUAAAAAUGUCACAGAGCUACCCGAUUUGAAUGGUAUUUGCACUGAAUCCGAUUUGAUCAGGAAAGAAGUUGAGACGGUGAAUGUCCUUACACCUGGAUUCAGGCCGGGGAAGUCAAGAAGCUUAUCUGGAUGUUCAAGGCCUUCUAAUACUGAUAGAGUAGUGGAGACUAAUGGAGAAUCACAACCUGGAACCUUUCUUCACCUACAAUUUGCCCCAGGGGCAUAUAUCCCAUCAAAAGAUGAAUUACUGACAGCAUUUUACCAGUUUGGUCCGCUAAAGGCAUCUGAAUCUCAGUUGUUUAAAGGCACUGGUGUUGCUCAAAUUGUUUUUGUCAGAAGCACAGAUGCUGGAGAAGCAUUUCAUAGCUUAGAAAAGAACAAACCAUUUGGCACAGCUCUUGUUGAUUACAAGCUUCAUCAUCUUCCUGCAGCCGGUCCAACAGUGGAACGACUUCUAACCCCUACACAGCCAACCAAGCCCGUUCCUGUGCAAGUGCCCGCGCCCGUGCCCGUACCCGUGUCCACUCCCGUGCCCGUGCCCGUGCCCGUGCCCGUGCCCAUGCCCAUGCCAUUGCCUGUGCCUGGUGAGGCACCUCCUCCUCCCCUUGAGUUUAUGAAGCAGCAGUUGCAGAUGAUGACGUCAAUCCUGGAGAAUUCAGGGAAUAAUCUUUCUCCCCAGAUGAAAGCCAAACUGGAUACUGAAAUCAAAAACCUUCUGAGAAAGGUAAACUCUAGGGCUAAGUCUGACCCGUAGUAUUUGAACUUUUAUUAUUCAGACUAAGGAAGCUUUUCCAUUUAAAGUAAGCAUCAUUUGUAGUUAGACGAUGAAUGUAGAUUAGACAAGCCAGGUUCUGUUCUGGUCCAGUUUCAGAUGUUGCUAUGGUGGAUUUUCAUCCAAAUUCUUUAACUUGCAUACAUCACUAAAGAGAAUUUAUGCAUGAAUGUCAUUUGUGUUCAAA